UUUAUAUAAUCACUAAUCAUGUGAUGGUAACGUAUGAAAAAUCAAGGGUUUUGAACUUUGCUGAAUGUGCUCUACGAAGAGUAUAUAUCUCCAUAUACUGAAAUAAUGAGCUUGUUAACCUGUUUCUAAUUCUUGCAUUUUCAGAAACUACAUUGUCUCCUGAUCACGCAGGAAUUUUUUCAGAUUUUUCCGAGCAGUUUUUCCCUCCGAAAACGACUUUUGAAGUUCGAAAUUUUAAAAUGCCGCGUUUGCCCGCGUUUUAGCGGCAAUCCAAAAUGGCGCCGGAAUUACCCCCUGAGAUUUGACCACACAUCGUCGAGGCAUUGGAAAAAGGCUACCUCUGCUCUGCCGUUCAACCGAUUGUCCCUUGAGGUUAUGACUUAUGAGGUAGCUGAUAACUGAUAAGGCAAUCAUUUUUGUGCGUGUUUGCAAAUCGUCAAGUGAAGUGUUUUUAAAUUGUUGACUGUAAGAAGUGUUACGUGUUCUUAAAUCAUGGGUAAAAAAGUUGACAGUGAUUUCGAAAAGGGCACAGAUCAAAAUCUGCCAAAAGUUGAUUCUAUCAUGCUUGCCCAGUUCUUCUCCACACCAUCGUUUUUGUCCCCUGAAAUGAGGAAUUGGAAAACUGUUAGGUAUUGAACCUGAGACUCACAGCCAAUGAUUGUUGCGACAAAUGUUCCUGUCAAGUAGUAUGGGAUAGAUGUAAAUUCUCUAUGUACAGCUAUCUUGAUGAGGACACUUUAGCAUCAAACUCUGGGAAACAUCUACUAUUCAUGAUUUGGUAAACUUUUUGCAAAGCUGCCUCCUUAUAAGCCAGCUGAUUUUGACAAUUCAACUGGAAUGGGUCAAGUGAGUUCUCUCUUUCACUAUUUUAGAUGUUACCUAUAUGGUAAGGUUAUCAGCAUUUCCUGUCAGGUCUGUAACUUAUCAUGGUUGCAAACAUGUGGUAGCGUUUGUUUGCUGGUUGCAUCGACAAAGCGAGACUCCGGCAAGAACAUCAGUGGAGUGCUACUGGAGAAAUUCAACUUUGUCUAAAGUUGGCGGCUCCAUGAAAGCUUUGAGAAUUGAGGAAAUUCAUCCACCCUCAACUGUGACGCUGUCGGAGGAAGUGAAAAAAGAAUUUUUCAACGCCUCGAUUGAAGCUUUGAGGAAAUGUAGCCCCUCAAUUUUAAGAAGUCACUGUGAAGAGCAAUCGACAUAUGCCUUGUUUCACUUCAUGCUGAAGUAUGUGCAGACUCCAGAGCCUCACAGCCCUGACGGUUUCAUUGAAUUUUGUGAAAAUUCAAUGACCGAUGCUGAAUGUGAGGCUUUGGUGGCUGCAUCUGCUGGGCAGUCGAAAUCAAGCCUCUGGUUUGAAGUGAGACAAGGUAGAGUCACAGGCUCAAAUAUUCACCAAGCUUCGAGAAGUUCUGGAGGCAUCAGCCUUGUAAAUUUGAUUCUAGGCGCGGUCCCUUUCAAGGAAACCAAGGCCAUGAAAAGGGGCAGUGACCUAGAACCAAUAGUUUUGAACGCUGUUCAAAAAAGAUUUAAAAAUGAAAAAAUGAGUAGAGGAGGAGUAAUUGUAAAGAGGAAGCACCCAAUAUUUGGUGCUUCUCCAGAUGCCUAUUUAGGAAAGUACAUUGUCGAAGUAAAGUGUCCUAUUUCCAAAAAAACUUAUAAAAGGUACUUUGAUAAGUCUGGAGAAAAACCAGCCAAGAAAUUUAGGGGUCAGAUGCAGUUGCAAAUGUUCAUGUCAGAUUAUAGGGAAACAUUGUUCUGUGUGGCUGACCCCUCCUUCAGUAAAAGUAAUAAUAGUCCUCGACUUGUGAAAAUUGUGAGGGAACAAUUUGAUCCAAUUUUUUGUGACAACAUGAUGUCUCUGGCUAGAAAAUUUUGGGAUGCUCACAUUUACCCAAGACUGUAUGCUGCAGUAAAAAUGUGAAGUAGGUAGUCCAGGUUAUUUCUGGUUGACAGUUUUUUUAAUUGCUCUUUUCUUGACUACCACCAACGAAUGGUACAUGUUCCGUUUUGACAAGUGGGAUCAAAAUGUACCAGGUGUAUUUCUGUAUUAGUACAGAUGAGUGCAGACAACGUAAGGUAUUAGGUGUUCCAUCACAUGCUUAUUCCUUGUAAGCUCAUGUUCCAUAUUUUAGUCAUAAACAGAAAAUGAGUUUUUUCUGGACUCCUUAUCGCAAACUUCCUGCUCACCAAAUAAUCAGAAUUCACUAAAGCAGCUAACUACAUUGCGAUCAGUAUAUUUUGCUAUUUAAUUAUUUUCUCAGCAUAUCAAUAUUUUUCUUCUUAUCAAUUUUUGAAGUGCAACAUGGCAAAGGAGGUAGGCAAUGGAUUUGAAAGAAAGAUAAAGUUAUUUGCAGGUUGCUUUUCAAUUGUAAUGAUUUUUUCAGGAACAGGAAGUUUGAAUUUUCUGAUUUUAAUUUAAACUAAAGAUGAUAUUUCUGUAUUAAAUUAUUUACAUUCAUUUGAACUUUUUAGGCACGUGAAACUUCAAUGAGGAAGUUACAUUCCUCUGACCUAAUUUUUAUCUCAUAUAGAAGUCCGCUGUAAGUCUAAAAAGUUCCUGCAAUUUUCAUAGUAAAGUCUCCUUCAUUUUAGGAAGUUACUGAGUUUUUAAAAAUAUUGGUUUCUAGGAUAACAAAAAUAUGACGGAUGAAUUGCAAUUUUUUUAUUGGCAAGAUACGCAUAUUUGCCCUCAAAGGGCGGGUGUACAGAAUAUUUCUAAAAGAAAUUAAAGGAGAGUUUAAAAGCUUCUUUAUGGAGAAACUUUUUCAUCUUACUCGAGAGGCCUUGAAUUUUCAAAAAUUGAGAGAGCAAAUAUGUAGCAUAAAUAUCAAUGCAAAAUUAAAAAAUGACAAUCACAGUAACAAUUUCAUAACUGAAGUUUCUUACCUCUUUCGAGAUCAUUUUAGACAUACACAAUUUGUUGAAAAAAAUUGGUUCCAUUUUAAAAGAAAACUUAUGCUGCUUUGCUAGCAGGAAAUGUUUGCAUCACACACUAAAACAGAUAUUGACUAGACAAAAUUGAAAACAAGUGAAACGGUAAAACUAUUGUACAUUAAAUAUAAUGCAAGGAUGCAACUUCUUAAAAAGAAUUAAAAUGGAUAUUACAACACUCAUUUUAUUCAAGGAUGCAACCUCUUCAACAAAAUGAAAAUGGAUAUUUUCUGACGCUCAUUUUAUUGAUGAAACUUAAAAUUCCAUCAACCAUCUGUUUACUAUAAACCUUCUAAAAAUUGAAAGUACUUUGUAAGUCAAAAUUAAAAUAUUAUAUGGCUUCAAUGUGGUUCCUUCAUCAUAUAAAUACAAUAUUAAUCUAUCUUUUUAAAUGAAAUAGGCCAUUUAAGCCGACACAUUGUACAUGAUGAUAUUUCUGACCAGACAGUCUUAAAGACUAUGCACGUUUAAAAAAUUGCUGACAGCUUUGAGAAAUUUUGUUUUUAACUACAAUUAAACUAGCGCCUGAUUUAGAGGGAAAAAAUGAAACACCAAAUUGAAAAUUUUGAGUGAAAGUAAACUGACUGUAAAUUGUGUCUGACAGAACUUGCAAUGCUUGGCUCAAAAAGGAGGCUGAAUCGGUCUUAAAACUGCAAGUUUUACAAAUGAGACCAGUUCAACUUAGGACUGUAAAUAAUUCGGUGACUGAAAACUUAUACUUCCAAUUAGAACGAACCCUUAAAUGAUCUUGCAGAUAUUUUUGAAGUUUCAGCAAAAGUUCUGAUGCAACAAGAUAAAAACACUAAAAAUGUGGCGUGAAUACUGUGAACAACAAGAUUGUAGAAAAGUGCUUGGUCCAUGCUGUUCUGCAAGGAAUUUGAUGUCAAAAAAUCCAAAAAUUAGCAUUGAAUUUCAAAAAAUGAACUUCAAUUAGUUUCAGUGCACGGCUGAAAGGGGAGAGUGUUAAGCUCAGGCAGAUGUAGUGCAAUAAUACUCCAAUACAUCUGCCUGAACAUCACACUUCCCCCUCAGUCUUGCACAAGAACUCAUUAGAGUUCAUUUUGUGACUUUAAUGCCAGUUUCCUUGUUUUUGGCUUUGAUUUCCUGACAGAAUGGGGUGGACGCAGCAUUACUCUACCAGCUCCUUUUAGGAAUAAUCGAACAGAUUGAGAAUGUUGAGACCUUCAUAAACCCUCUAUGGCAUAAUGUUACUUAGUCGUAACAACCCGUUUCUUGGUUCUUUAAAAAUUGGAUUAAAUCUCCGUGACAUAAUAUUGCCAAGUGUUUAAAAAAAAAAAAA